CUUUCUCGGCGCAUCCCCUGUUGGUCUGGGCCACAGUUGCCGUUGCAACUUCGCUAUCGCCCCUUUCAGACGCUCUUCGAGCGCUAUCCAGCCUGCAAUAGGCGCUUCGACUAUACGGCGGCGGCCCUGCGUGCGAAUUUAGCGCGUCAGGAGCGCUCCAGAGUCCCACACUGACGCGAGCUUGUCAGCGACCGCAUCCGUGCUGCCAACCGACAACACUCCGGUCCGCAGCCGUGGGAGCCUUCCCAUCAUGGGCAGCCAUGGUCCUAUAAGCUGCUUGUGCUGUAGAGCGCACGUGGAGGAUGGGGCAGCAGCGGGCGUGCACGCGGGGCGACGGGCCCGGUCGCUCAUAGCCACUGUUGCGGUAGUGCUGCUGCUCGCGGCGGCCCAGGCUCCGGGCGCGGAAGCCUUCCGUCGCGGUGGUGGCGGCGGCGGCGGCGGCCGCGACUUCUACUCGCUGCUAGGUGUGGCGAAGGACGCGGACGAGGCCACCAUUAAGAAGGCGUACCGGCGGCAGGCGCUCAAGUGGCACCCCGACCGCAACACCGACAAGAAGGAGGAGGCGGCGGCGCGAUUCCGCGACAUCGCCGCCGCCUAUGAGGUGCUGAGCGAUGCCGACAAGCGCCGCACGUACGACCAGUUUGGUGAAGAGGGACUGAAGCAUGGUGGCGGCGGCGGCCCAGGCGGCCCAGGCGGCGCCGGCGGCUUCAACAUGAAUUUCCAGGGGGGAGAUCCAUUUGAGAUGUUCAACAUGUUCUUUGGUGGCGGCGGCGGUGGCGGCGGCAUGGGCGGCGGCAUGGGCGGACAGCGGCGCGCGCAGUUCAACAUGGGUGGCGGCGGCAUGGGUGGCGGCUUUGGGGGCAUGGGUGGCGGCGGCAUGGGCGGCGGCGGCCGCGGUGGUCACAGCGGCGGCGGCGGCGAGGGCUUGUACGAUGAUGACCCGCACGUGCAGACGCUGACUACGGACACGUUCCCGGCGGGCGACACUGCCUGGGUGUGGCUGGUUGAGUUCUACGCCCCAUGGUGCGGGCACUGUAAACAGCUGGCGCCCAAGUGGUCGGCUGUGGCCAAGUCGCUGAAGGGCGUGGUCAAGGUGGGCGCGAUCAACUGUGAGGACGCCAAAGAGUUGUGCGGUGCACACGGCGUGCGCGGCUACCCCACCAUCCAGGCCUUCGUGCCGGGCUCCGGCGCCAAGCCCUACAGCGGCGACCGCUCCGCCAAGGCCAUCUCCGACUGGGCCCUGGACCUGGUGCCCAGCCGCGUGUCACAGAUCACCACCGACCUCUCCCUGCGCCAGCUGCUGGCACGCUGCUCCGGCGGCAGUAGCAGUGGCAGCAGUGGCAGUAGCAGCAAGGGCAAGGACCGGGCCAGCUGGAGCGCGUGCGUGAUGCUGGUCAGCGCCAAAUCCGAGACGCCGCACCUGCUGCGCGCGCUGUCGGUCGCAUACGCUGGCAAGGUGGCGUUUGGCGAGCUGCGGGUGGGCAGCGGCAAGGGCGCCGGCGGCGCCCUGUCUGCGCCCAUGGCCCACGUGGCGUCGCAGCUGGGUGUGGACGUGGAGGCGGAGCGGGCCGCCGGCAAGCUGCCGCUGCUCAUCACCAUCUGCAACGGCGACCUGGCGCUGGUGGACAGGUACAUUGGCACGCUCAAGUCAGACUCGCUGGCCCGGCACCUGGACACCUACGCCGCCGGCAAGAAGUGCGCCAAGCAGGUGCGGCUGGACGCCGGCACGGACCUGGGCAAGUUCAGUGCGGGGCAGCUCAAGCAGCUGGUCAAGGACAAGGGGCUGGACUGCAGGGGCUGCACGGAGAAGGACGACUUCGUGCGGCGGCUCAAGGACUUCAUCGCGAGCGGCGGAGCGGCCGGGACACGAUGAGCGGCAAAGACAGCAGGACCAGACGCAGCAGAAGCAGGAGUGGGGAGGCGGAGGUCGGGGCGCGGGAUGGACACGGGGUAGCCUUAGCCGUGCAGGAAUGGCAGGCAGUUGUGGUGUUGCGGGCGCAGGCCGGUCGGCUAUGAAUAGGGGUUUGGCAUCGCUGGCAUAGGUGCAUUUCAGGGGUAGCUUGGCUAUAGGACCCUUCCAACGGCCAUGAUAGGUGCAUGUCAGGCCACCAGACAGCGCAUUGACACGAUUGAGGGACACGCGAGCGAUGCAAUUUUGGAACUGCCAUGGUGUUGGAGUUACAUUCUUGGCAGGAUGGCGCAAGGAUUGAUGCAGCAGCUAGGUCAGGCCGCUAGAUGUGAUGAGGGUACGAUAUUACAGUUGUCUUGACUCUUGAGCAUUGAGCUCAGCGCUAGCAUUCCGAUCCCUGCCCAAGGAGGCAUGCCCAUCAUGCCCAAGAGGUGUGUGUUACAAAGGCAAGCGCACAGCUGCUAAG